UGGUCGUGGCACGGACGGGACAACGGAUAAGCCGGACGCUCGGCUCCAUCUCUGUCGCACAGCACACUCUCUUAUGCGAAGCCUCGUGCAGCUGAGCCCAUGGCGCGGGGCCUCCACGCUGCUCUCUCGUUCCCGUCGCGUCUCGGCGCGACCGCGGCACUGUCCCCCCGCCGAUCGAUACGUGUCGCCGCCAGGCCAGUGGGGAGACGCGGCGGCAGCCUCACGACCGUGCGGGCCGGCGGACCGCCGAGCACGGGCGCGCUCAUCCUGGCAUUCGUGCUGCCGCUUUCCCUCUUCGUAGGAACCCUCGUCACCGCCGCCCGCGUCGCCGACGACCUCGACGAGCGCUUCCUACGGGAGAUGGAGAUCAACCAAGCGAUAAUGGAAGAGAACGAGGCAUCUGACGAAGAUAUCGGCGAAGAAGAAGAUGACGACAGAGAGUACGAUGAAGGGGAGGAGGAAGAGCAGCCGCCGGUGGAGAAAAAAGAGGCCGUUGUUAUUGGUGUUGGUCCACGCACCAGGAACAGGCCGAGAAGGCAAGUAUAAGAACGAGGAAAACUCUGUUUUCCCUUGUUCUGAGGCCGACGAUUCUCUUUUCAAAAUGCUUGCAAAUGCCCAUUUUGAUUUGCAAAGCACACAUGUUAUAGCCAAAGCUGCAGAUCACAGAACGCAACAUUUUAUAUGAAGGAAGAAGCGCGGGGUACAAAACUGUUGGACUUUGGUUGUGUUAUUGGUUGCGGACGGUAGUAUUGUUUCAGAAAUGCAUAAAACACUUGAAACUUCUUUACGAAUUUAGUUAUUCACUUGACAGGCAAUACAUCGCACUUGUGUACCUGCAUUAUUGAUUUGCGCAGUAUUGCCUGCCAAGCUGUAAUCACCAAAUCAUGUACUUGCCCCCUGGACGCUGCUGAUUAUAUAAUUUAAGAUUAAUCCGUC